CCCUAGGCGGUGGCGAUGGGGGCCGCCCGGAUCGCACCCGGCCUGGCGCUCCUGCUCUGCUGCCCAGUGCUCAGCUCCGCAUAUGCGCUGGUGGACGCCGACGAUGUCUUUACCAAAGAGGAACAGAUUUUCCUUUUGCACCGCGCCCAGGCCCAGUGUGACAAGCUGCUCAAGGAAGUCCUACGCAAAGCAGCCAACAUAAUGGAUUCGGACAAGGGGUGGACACCAGCAUCCACGUCAGGGAAGCCCAGGAAAGAGAAGCCUUCGGGAAAGUUCUACCCUGAGUCUAAAGAGAACAAGGAGGUGCCCACUGGCAGCAGGCGCCGAGGACGCCCCUGCCUGCCAGAGUGGGACAACAUCGUUUGCUGGCCAUUAGGGGCACCAGGUGAAGUGGUGGCAGUGCCCUGUCCAGACUACAUCUAUGACUUCAAUCACAAAGGCCAUGCCUACAGACGCUGUGACCGCAAUGGCAGCUGGGAGGUGGUUCCCGGGCACAACCGGACAUGGGCCAACUACAGCGAGUGCCUCAAGUUCAUGACGAAUGAGACUCGGGAACGGGAGGUAUUUGACCGCCUAGGCAUGAUCUACACCGUGGGAUACUCCAUGUCCCUUGCCUCCCUUACCGUGGCUGUGCUCAUCCUAGCCUAUUUUAGGCGGCUGCACUGCACGCGCAACUACAUCCACAUGCACAUGUUCCUGUCGUUUAUGCUGCGCGCCGCCAGCAUCUUCGUGAAGGACGCAGUGCUCUACUCUGGCUUCACGCUGGAUGAGGCCGAGCGCCUCACGGAGGAAGAGUUGCACAUCAUCACGCAGGUGCCGCCUCCGCCCGCCGCUGCCGCCGUUGGCUACGCUGGCUGCCGCGUGGCUGUGACCUUCUUCCUUUACUUCCUGGCCACCAACUACUACUGGAUUCUGGUGGAGGGGCUGUACUUGCACAGCCUCAUCUUCAUGGCCUUUUUCUCAGAGAAGAAGUACUUGUGGGGCUUCACCAUCUUUGGCUGGGGUCUUCCAGCUGUCUUCGUGGCUGUGUGGGUCGGCGUCAGAGCAACCCUGGCCAACACUGGGUGCUGGGACCUGAGCUCCGGGCACAAGAAGUGGAUCAUUCAGGUGCCCAUCCUGGCAUCUGUCGUGCUCAACUUCAUCCUCUUCAUCAACAUCAUCCGGGUGCUUGCCACUAAGCUUCGGGAGACCAAUGCGGGCCGGUGUGAUACGAGGCAGCAGUACCGGAAGCUGCUCAGGUCCACGCUGGUGCUCGUACCACUCUUUGGUGUCCACUACACUGUCUUCAUGGCCCUGCCGUACACCGAGGUCUCAGGGACGCUCUGGCAGAUCCAGAUGCACUAUGAGAUGCUCUUCAACUCUUUCCAGGGAUUUUUUGUCGCCAUCAUAUACUGUUUCUGCAAUGGUGAGGUGCAAGCGGAAAUCAGGAAGUCUUGGAGCCGCUGGACGCUGGCCCUGGACUUCAAGCGCAAAGCACGGAGUGGGAGCAGCAGCUACAGCUACGGGCCAAUGGUGUCGCACACCAGCGUGACCAACGUAGGCCCUCGUGCGGGUCUUGGCCUUCCCCUCAGCCCCCGCCUGCUGCCUGCCACCACCACCAAUGGCCACUCCCAGCUGCCUGGCCAUGCCAAGCCGGGGGCUCCAGCCAUUGAGAAUGAAACUGUACCAAUUACCAUGGCGGUUCCCAAGGACGAUGGAUUCCUUAACGGCUCCUGCUCAGGCCUGGAUGAGGAGGCCUCUGGGUCUGCACGGCCACCUCCCUUGUUGCAGGAAGAGUGGGAAACAGUCAUGUGACUGGGUACCAGGGACUGGGCUGCUGACAUGGACAGAUGGACAGAUGGACCAAGA